GACCAAUCAGCGAGGAAGGUUUACACUAACGUGACGUCAUAUAUUGUAUAAAUACUAAGCCUCAACCCCUUCCUCGACAUUCAUAGUUUCUGUUGACGCGGAGCGCCUUGCCGACUACGUCAUCUGCCGGACUCAACGCAUUAAAGUUGAAUCGAAAUGGCUCGUACCAAGCAGACCGCCCGUAAAUCCACUGGAGGAAAGGCGCCAAGAAAGCAGCUUGCUACCAAGGCAGCCAGGAAGAGCGCGCCGUCCACUGGCGGAGUGAAGAAGCCUCAUCGUUACAGGCCAGGAACUGUGGCUCUGAGAGAGAUCCGUCGCUACCAGAAGUCCACAGAGUUGCUGAUCCGAAAGCUGCCCUUCCAGCGCCUGGUCAGGGAGAUUGCCCAGGACUUCAAGACUGACCUGCGUUUCCAGAGUGCUGCCAUUGGUGCUCUUCAGGAGGCCAGCGAGGCUUACCUGGUGGGUCUGUUUGAGGACACCAACCUGUGCGCCAUCCACGCCAAACGCGUCACCAUCAUGCCCAAGGACAUCCAGCUGGCUCGCAGGAUAAGAGGCGAGAGGGCCUAAGCAUCGAGCCGACGACACACGAUCCUAUUUAUCGUACAUAACCAUUUUUGUGGACAUUUUUGUUUCCUGGGUAUUUUUUAUUUUUUGUAUUGUAUUUUAGAUAAACAAUACAUCGACCAUUCCACAAGCCCGAGUAGUGUAGUAGAAUUCCAUAAUGGGUCGUACUACAUAAUGUGUUUGGUAGUGGGGUCUCUUGAAGUUUUAAAACAGGGCGAUUGAUGACAUCAAUUUUGAUCACCAUUUCCACAAAAUGCCAGCAUGUUUUUGCUUAACGCCUCUCAACACCGAGGAGUUCUACAGUUUCUCAUCUGGAUAAAAGUACAGACCAAAUUUUUCUGGACUGUGCUUGGUGUUUUUGCAACAAAUCUUGGCAGCUACAAUGAAUAUUUAUGAAAACUGUUGUCACAUGUCUUUCUAUUAAAGGCCUUUAUGAGUAGAGA